UACCCACGACGUCACUUCCGGGUUACCCUCCCCACUACUUCCUGCAUGUGCCUUCAAUAUGGCAGCGCCCAUAGCAAUUCACCUGGAGUUUGGUGGUGGAGCAGAGCUGCUUUUUAAUGGUGUGAAGAAACAUCAUGUGGAUCUUCCCAGCCAGUCAGAACCAUGGGAUGUGAAGCAGCUGCUGGUCUGGAUCCAACGGAACCUGCUGAGGGAACGGCCCGAGCUCUUUGUCCAGGGAGACUCUGUGAGACCUGGGAUACUGGUCCUUAUCAAUGAUGCUGACUGGGAGCUAAUGGGGGAGCUGGACUACCAACUACAAGACCAAGACAACGUUGUGUUUAUUUCUACUCUUCACGGGGGAUAGCAAAUGGACGAGGAAUACGCAGUGCAACGUACGCUCAUCUCAAACCGCCUUUUUUUCCCUCCACCACCUCUGCACCCUUCACCCCCUCCCCCACCACCACAUCCUAACAACACACCACUCGAUUGGUCGCCGUGGACGCACCGGCCAUCACCGUGAGGUCGGACCGGGAUCGAUGUUCGGUCCACUGGAAGUUCAGAGACGAUUACCGAGAAAAACGGGGGUUUUCUGUGAGGCGGGGAUUCUGGACUGGACAGGUGUGAAGGGCGGCAUAAGAAGCGCUGGUUGUACUGGCCAAUUCCCAGGUGUGAGUGCAAAUACCUGCCUUUGGUGUUUAGACGUCAUCUCCUCACAUCUUCAAUUCCUGCGGGAUCAAGAAAGAUAAAGAUGACCUCAUCUUGGGGUCUACGAUGACCAUCAGCAUGAGAUGAAAGGUUACACUUUACUUAGACAAUUAGUAUUAGUAUUACGGGGGCGAGGGGGGUGUAUGUCAAUAUUGCAAAUUCCUUCUGGAUGUAUAUUUUUCAUCUGUUUAGAGCAAGUUAUGGAUGUUCACAUUGGGUUACAUGUUCUUACCGUGUUUUAAAAUACGUCAUAGUUUGUCAUACACUGUUUAUUAAAAUACUCUGACCAAG